AUUGCCUAUCCUACGAAUUUGAGGCGAAACAAGUCGCGGGGCGUAACUUGCGUGUUGUUCAUCGACUUGAGGUUGGCGCGCGCCAUAACCGCAGCCGGUAAUGCGCUAUCGCCAAUGGGUGGGCUUCCUGUCCCAGAGGUUGCAUCAUUUGCCGGUGCGGUUACCAGGGCAACAACAGCACUUAAAUAGUAAACACAGAGCAUCAUGAGAAUUCCGAGUGUUUUCCGCCGCGUUAUUUACAUUCUCGAGCCUGGAAGUUGGGUUUUAUCAAGAAUAUCAGAAAUCGACUUCGAUCAUGAAAUGUAAUGGCUCCAGUUGAAAACACAUCCGCGGAUAUUAAUGUUUCAAACACAACCAAUGCGAGGGGGAAUGUGAUCCUAUUUGAUGCUUCGAAAAAUGAGCAUUUUGGAAUACAUGAAAACUACAAACAGUUUCAUCACUUGAUAAGAGGGAGCUGGACAGUUGAUGUGAAUAAAGAUGAACUCUCAUCCAGUCAGUUGCAAGGUGUCACAAUACUGGUCUUGGCCGGUCCACAGGAAAUGUUUUCGGAGGGUGAAUUUGAUGCUAUAAAGAAAUUUAUGGAGAGUGGUGGCUCUGUAUUUGUUAUGCUCUCAGAGGGUGGCGAAAAGAGCUCUAAAACAAAUGUCAAUUUUCUCCUUGAGGAAUUUGGAAUUAUGAUCAAUAAUGAUUGUGUUGUUCGAACCCACUACUAUAAGUAUUUUUUACCAAAAGAAUGUUUGAUUGUCAAUGGUGUUGUUAACAGAGGGAUUUGUCAAUUUGUGAACAAAAAUGUUGAAGAUGCUAGUCAAGCUAUCCAGUUUUUGUACCCGUUUGGCGCAACACUGAAUGUUGCAAAGCCAGCGGUUGCAAUUCUCUCGAGUGGAUCAGCAGCAUAUCCACAAAAUAGACCAGUUUGCGCUUUCUGCAAAACUUACUCUCAAGGGAAACUGGUGGCUCUUGGAUCAGGACACAUGUUUUCAGAUAAGUAUAUGGAUAAAGAAGAAAAUGAACUAGUAAGGAGAAUUAUUUUUGCACUACUUAGUUCGCCGGACUCAAUACAACUGCAUCAAAUUGAUGCAGAGGAUCCCGACAUAUUGGACUACGAGAUGGUGCCUGACAUGUGUAUGAUGUCUGAGCGGGUGCAGACCUGCUUGCAAGAGACCGCGGAGGACACAAAUUUUAUCCAUGACUAUACACAGUUGUUUAGCGAUAACUUCUACUCAGUUCACCUAAAACAUGUAGCAAGUAUUCUUGACGCUUAUAAAGAACUGAACAUCAAACAUGAGCCACUGAAGUUAAUACCACCUCAGUUUCAGAUCCCUUUUCCGCCAUUGCAAGUUGCGGUUUUCCCACCAUCAUUUCGAGAUUUGAAUCCACCUUGUCUGGAGCUGUACGAUUUAGAGGAGGCAUUCAGUUCAGAACGAUCUAGACUUGCUCAGUUGGCAAACAAAUGCUUGUCCAGCAAGAAAAUCGACAAAACACAUGAGGAGGAAGUCACCGAUCUCGAGUAUUUCAUCAAAGAAUCGGCAAAAAUUUUGGAUGUGGAGAAUGUGAACUCAGGGAGUGCUCAGAGCAUUUUGCACUCCAUUACCCUACAAAUAGCUGAGUUCAAGAAGAACCCAUAAGAGAAGAAGGAAGAAAAAAAUCGAGAAGAAAAGCAAAUUGAAGGCAAAUUGACCUAAAACCUUGACAUUUGCGCCUUAGAAGUUCGAGUUAAAGCUGACACAGAUUCUGAAGAAUUAUAAUAAAAAAAUGGCGAAUCGAUGAAACAUUGUUUGAGUCAAUAACAUUCUAAAUGGAUACCUUUAAAAACUUAAUUUUUUGUUCAUCUAGAAAAAAAUUACCACACUGUAAA